UAACGGACACACCCGUCGCCCGUCGGGCUCGAGGCCGGAUGCCACCCGCGCCGCCGCCGCUGUCGCUACGCCUGCCGGCGGCGGCCUGAAGAAUAUGGCAGCCGCCCACGCCGCCGCCACCGCCACGCGGCAAGCGGCGGCGGAGGCGUGUAGUAACCAACACGCGGUCCACCACGCGCACCUCGCGGCUCUCCUCAACCCUUCCGCGCGCUUGCCUCCGCUUCCGCUCCCUCUCCGCCGCCGCCACCUCCCGCUCUCGCUCCCCGCGGCCUCCCGCCUCAUCGCGUGCUUCCCUCCGCUCCCGCUCCUCGUAUGCUUCCUCCGCGCGCUCCGCCUCCUCCCCUCUCCGCCGCCGCGCCCCUUCGAUUCGCUCAUCAAGUCCUAUGCCUCCCUCCCUUCCCGCGCCUCCCUCGCCGCCGCGGCGCUCGCGUUCGCCAGGUCGGCCGGGUACGCCCCUUCCGUGCUCGCCUACAACGCCGUCCUCCUCGCGCUCUCCGACGCGUCGCUCCCCUCCGCUAGGCGCUUCUUCGACUCCAUGCUUAGCGACGGCGUGGCGCCCAACGUGUACACCUACAACAUCCUCGUCCGCGCGCUGUGCGGCCGCGGACACCGGAAGGAAGCGCUCAGCGUCCUGCGCGACAUGCGCGGGGCGGGCUGCGACCCCAAUGCCGUGACUUACAACACGCUCGUCGCGGCGUUCUGCAGAGCCGGGGAGGUGGAUCGCGCCGAGAGGCUGGUCGACAUGAUGCGGGAGGGUGGCUUGAAGCCCAACCUGGUGACCUUCAACUCGGUGGUGAAUGGGAUCUGCAAGGCUGGGAGAAUGGAGGACGCACGCAAGGUGUUUGAUGAAAUGGUGAAGGAGGGUUUGGCGCCGGAUGGGGUCAGUUACAACACCUUGGUGGGUGGGUAUUGCAAGGUGGGGUGCUCGCACGAGGCAUUGUCUGUGUUUGCAGAGAUGACGCGGAAAGGGAUCAUGCCAGACGUCGUGACAUUUACAUCAUUGAUCCAUGUAAUGUGCAAGGCUGGGAACUUGGAGCGGGCAGUGGGGUUGGUGAGGGAGAUGAGGGAGAGGGGCCUCCAGAUGAAUGAGAUCACUUUUACAGCCUUGAUAGAUGGGUUCUGCAAGAAGGGAUUCUUGGAUGAUGCAUUGCUUGCAGUAAGGGAGAUGAGGCAAUGCAGAAUACAGCCUUCAGUGGUGUGUUAUAAUGCACUUAUUAAUGGUUAUUGUAUGGUAGGAAGAAUGGAUGAAGCAAGAGAGUUAGUCCGUGAAAUGGAAGCUAAAGGAGUGAAGCCUGACGUUGUGACAUACAGUACAAUUCUCAGUGCAUACUGUAAGAAUGGUGAUACACAUUCUGCAUUCCAAUUGAACCAACAAAUGCUUGAGAAUGGUGUUCUUCCAGAUGCAAUCACCUACUCAUCACUCAUAAGGGUUCUUUGUGAGGAGAAAAGACUCGGUGACGCCCAUGUGCUCUUCAAAAAUAUGAUUAGUCUUGGCCUACAACCUGAUGAAGUUACAUAUACAUCACUUAUUGAUGGCCACUGCAAGGAGGGCAAUGUGGAGAGGGCUCUUUCUCUGCACGAUGAAAUGGUAAAGGCAGGAGUUCUCCCUGAUGUUGUGACUUACAGUGUGCUUAUUAAUGGGCUUAGUAAAUCAGCACGUACUAAGGAAGCACAACGGUUGCUCUUCAAAUUGUACCAUGAAGAGCCAGUUCCAGCAAAUAUUAAAUAUGAUGCCCUGAUGCGUUGUUGUAGAAAUGCUGAGCUUAAGAGUGUGUUAGCUCUCUUGAAGGGAUUUUGCAUGAAAGGUUUAAUGAAUGAAGCUGAUAAAGUUUAUCAAUCAAUUUUAGACAGAAACUGGAACCUUGACGGGUCUGUCUACAGUGUGCUUAUUCAUGGGCAUUGUAGGGAAGGAAAUGUUAUGAAGGCUCUCAGUUUCCAUAAACAAAUGCUGCAGUGUGGUUUUGCUCCAAAUUCAACAAGUACAAUUUCCUUGAUUAGGGGUCUGUUUGAAAAGGGGAUGGUUGUGGAAGCAGAUCAGGUGAUUCAGCAGUUGUUGAACUGUUGUUCCCUUGCUGAUGCAGAAGCAUCAAAGGCUCUUAUUGAUCUCAACUUAAAAGAAGGUAAUGUGGAUGCAGUCUUAGAUGUUCUGCAUGGCAUGGCAAGGGAUGGACUGCUUCCAAGUCCAAGAUGAGGGUGAUUUUUUGACAUUCAAGAACCACCCUCUCUCUGUGGAAUACUGGAGACCUGAUGGUCAAGUUUGGAACACUUUAUUGUCUCACGAGUCAUCAUAACACAAAAGCAUCAAAAUCAGUGUUACAUGGCAGGAUAUGGUCUGCCAUAAGUCACGAUGUGCUCCAUAUGGAAGGGCUGAAAGAAGUUAUUGCCUUAUGCUGCAUGAUUAAGGUGAAGAAUUGCAUGGCUAAAAGGACAUAAACAGUUCAGUGCAUUAAAAACCAAUGCAUAUGCAUGGUAUCUACCUGUAUCCCUGAUGAUGCUACUUUGAGAAAAGGAAUCAACAGCAGAACAGUAGUUGAUUAUAUCUGCCGUUGGGAGCAAAAAUCCAAUAUACCAUGAACGGAAACUGGAGAUUAUCAUUCGUUCAUCGCUUCUCACUUUGAAGAAAGGAAAAUGAAAGCGAGAAAUUCACGGAAAAUGAGGAGCUUGAAGAAAGUGGAACAUCAAUGACAAUGGAUGUAUACAGGUGGUUUGCACUUACAGGUACAAAUAUCUAAGUCACUAGCGAUGAGUAACUUAUUUCGCAAUGCUUUCAAGUUUCCACUUAACAUCAACUAUUUUCUUCUGUGUACCUGUAGCAAAUUAAGUACUUGUGCAUUAGCUCUUUUCUUACAUAUAUUCAGAAUUCAGAAACCAGAAGCCUUUGGCUCCUAAA